AUGGGCUGCGGACCUUCCCAACCCGAGGAAGAAAGGAGACGCGUGCCCGCGCCCAGGAAGGGCUGGGAAGAGGGAUUCAAGGCUGAUGUCAGUGUGGCUCAUUCUGGGGAGAAUUACAGAACCCCGACUGAAACUUCACUGCCCGAGGACGCUAUGGGCAGCCCCGGAGACCUGGACAAGCAGGCCCAGUUGGGAAGCUUACCGGGAACUAUUCCAGAAAGUUUCCCAUCUCCUAGUGAAAGAAACAGAAGACUAAAUUCAGACCUAGUGAUCAAUGGAUUAAUCCAUAAACCCCAACCCUUAGAGAAUCGAGAGCGACAAACGUCAUCAGACAUUCUGGAGGAGUUAAUCGUUCAAGGAAUAAUACAGAGCCACAGCAAAGUAUUUAGAAAUGGAGAAUCAUACGAUGUCAUGGUGAGCACGACCGAGAAGCCACUGAGAAAGCCACCAGCCAGGCUGAAAAAACUUAAGAUCAAGAAGGAAGGAAAAGAUUUCACGAUGAAGGACAUAGAAGAGAAGAUGCAGGCGGUGGAGGCGCAUAGGAAGACUAAAGAAGAAGAAAUAAGAAAAAGGCUACAGAGUGACCGACUUCCGGCCCCAGCCCAUCAUUCAGAUUCAGCUGAACCAAUUGGGGAGGAGGUUCCGUUUGCAAAAGGACUCAAAACCGUGAGUUGUGCCGAAUUUGAACCAUCUGACCUGCAGGAAGGAAAACUGCUGAAAAGGAAGAAGAGUAAAAGUGAAAGUACCUCUGAUGAUAGAAACAACAGUUACGAAAAUAUCGGGGUUGUGGAGUCAGACAUGUCCUACAAUCAAGCGGAUGACGUAUUCUGA